AUUCAAUACUGAAAACAGUUUCACCAAAAUAUAUGGUUAUUAAUGAGAAGUCAUUUUAAAUGAAUGUAUAAUUUGAAUGCAAGUAAUAACAGCUGUGACUUUGCUCUAAACUAUUAAGGAAUCCCUUUCUGAAUGAAAUAACAUUUAAGACUUAAUGGAUGUCUCAUAAGAUGUUAUGGCUUUGAAUGACAUUUACUGAACGCGAGUCUAAUUAUGUGGCGGUCGGCCGAACGGUCGCCACAUUUACACCACUUCCGGAUCUGUCCGAUGAGAGAGGCUAUUAAACUGAGAAACACCAGUCUGUCCAGUAGUCUGAGCUCCUCUAAUGACAGCUAUACCUCUCGCAUACCGGUGUUAAGUCAGUCGACGUUAUCGCUGCGGAGCUGUCAUAACAUUCAGAACCUAAGGAAUGUAAAACAGCUGUGGAUUACUUACGUUUAG